AUUAGAUGCUAUACGUAGGAUCUAAAAAACUAUCCAGAGACUCAAAAGAAAUUCUGUAUAAAAUAAUUGUGCUUUAAAGUUCUAAAUCCUAAAAUGUUAACUAAGGCCCGUUUUCAUUAAUGUCGCUUAACUUUAAUCUUAUUGUUAAUUUAAUUCAUUCUUUGUCUCUUUCUACAAGGGACAGUUAGAAAGAGAUAAAGGAUGAUUUAAACAAAGAUCAAAGUUAAACGACCUUGGUGAAAAUCAGGGUAAGUAGAUAAAUUGUAUUCAUUUUCCCAACUUAAAUAAGUUGAUUCUUAAAUGAUUUGAGUUCUCGUAAAAACUGUUGCCAAUUUUUCUUUUUUAAGUAUCUCGCUAUUAGAAGUACCAUUAACAAAAAGAUCGCAAAACUCUUUUUCGGAAAGCUUGCGAUUCGAGUUUAAAUAAUAUAUUAUUUCUAUAAAGUUCAAUUAUGUAAAUAUUUAUAGAGUAUUACAAUUGAAUUACUUUUGUCAAUCACGGAUUCCCUUCUGCUUCGCACACAAAUUCUUUCUUUGUGAAUCAAAAAGCAACACGAAAAUAUGUCUUCAAGAUCCAUUUGAAGAUUCUUUGUAUCCUUGCUAGGACUGGGCCGUUCAUAAAGUUACGUCUAAAGUUCCAAAAGCUGAGUCAGACAUAGAAGAGAGACUGGUCAUCCACCAAACGAUUAACAAAUUGCAAACUGCGAGUCCAAUAAAUAACAAGGAUAAAAAUGCACGGAGCUGUUCACGUGAUUCUAAAGAUUCGGUCAGAAAAUCGAAUCAAGAGCAAGUGCUUGUAGAACAUUGCGCAAGAAAGUCGUUGCCAGUCAUCAAAGUGCGUGCUUUUAAUUCGAAGUGCCAUGCGACGCAGUUAUAAUCAUGCCAUCAUAUUUCUUCUCAGCUGGUGGAAGUCAGACACACGUUUUCAUCCGUUCUAAGAGAAUGCGCGCGAGUCACAAAUGACAGAUGCAAGAAAAUCAAAACGUAUUUUCAACAUAAUUAUCGUUAGUUUAUUCCACAUAACUUUAUCGCGUUAAAAUCGUUUGCGAUUUGUAAUUUUUGAAAUGUUAGAGUACGGCAGUUAACGGAGGGUGGAAACGAUCCGUCGACAAUAUCGAGACUCGAGGAUCAGAGAAAGCAGGAGGAACGGAUGCGAGAGAUGAGGAGGAUACAAGAAAAGCAUUCGAGUGCCUUACUGUCGCGAGAAGAUGCUAUUCUUGCCAAACAAUUGUCGUUAAGCGAUAACAGGUUGCAAGCGGAGAGAAUGCGUAAAGAGGUGAUAUUGCAUUCUAACGGGCAAUGCCAAAUCGGAUGCUAUUUACAGUACAAUCUAUAAUAUCGGGAAAGAGAGGAUGGUGAAAGGAAAUACACUGAGAUAGUAAUUAUUUCGCUAUGAAGAAAAACGAGUUAUAUAAAAAACUAGAGAAGCUGAGGCGAGACCGGAGUAGAGAAGCGGCAAAGAUAAUCGAGAAAUGUCACGCGAUGGAACAAGCUACUCGCGAGGCUCUCAAUACGAUGGUAAACGAGAAACGGAAAAAAGCUGCCGAGAUUAACGAGGAAUCCCGUCAACUGAAGUUAAUAUUAACUAAGCAGAGAGACGAAGACGCUCAAAGGAAGAUUCAUCUGAUUCAAGAAAUCAAAGCGAUCCAAACAAUGCGAUCGAGACAAAUAAAGAGUUACAAUCCUACGGAAUCGAGUGGUUUAGGACUUCUAUGUGAAAUGUCCUUAACUGAGUUAAAAGAAGAAUUGCUGUCUAUGAAAAUGAAGCGAAACGAGGAAGUCGAAUGUCGCAAUAUCAUUGUUCGAGGGGAACGCGAGAGAAGGAAGAACUUGAUGAAAAAUAAUCAGCGGCUUCUUGAAUGGCACAAAGCUAGGGAGCAAUUUGAAUAGAAAAUUAUGUUAAUUACAACUUAAAUGACAUCUUAGCUUCUGCAUGCAACUGAACUGACACAUAUUUAGACGAGCGACGCAUUCUUAAUGGACGAACAUAGCAGCUAUUACCAAUUCUCACGAAAUUGAAUUUUCUGCAGGAAUUGUUAAAGUCAAUGAAUCACGCAGAGAACUAAACAGAAGAUAUCAUCCACGAUGAUUGAUGAUGAUUGAAAAUAGUAUUAUAUUUUAUUAUGUGAACAUCACUACCGUUACGGCUGUUUGUGUCGAAGUGUAUGCAAUUUAAUUUUUAUAUAAAAAUAUCUUUUUUACACUUUUUGCUUCUUAAUACGAGAUCAAUUGAUCAUAUUAUAUAUAAAAUAACUAUAACAGAAAACUGAAUCACCUGAAAUGUAAACGAAAUAAUCAAUCACAGUCGAGAUUGUGAGCAGCCACAGUUAAAAUUAAUUUCAACGCUGAAAGAUAGGUUAAAAUUCAUUGGUCUUAAAUUUUAUUGUACAUUUUUUAUGUGCCACUAAUACUUGGCAGUCGAAUAAACCUGUUCAAACGAGAACGAAGAGCUCUUCGCUCUACAUUCAGUUGCAAUAUGUCGCUCAAAGCGGGCGCACGUAUCAUAUUUAUUUUUAUAUAUCCAAAGUAAAAUUUUCUUGGAAAUUAGAUUUGUUCUAAAUAGAAAAUAAGGACAACAAUAAAUUUGAAGUAAGUAAUAUUAAUACUUGUCAUGUUCUUCGUUGCUGUUAUAGAAAUUGAUUAUUUUUAAAUAAUCUUAAAUAGUCUUAAAUAUUCUUUUAAAUAUCUGAAAUAUUCUUGUGAUUAAUUGAGAGAGAUUUUUAAAUACAUUUCAGCAAAAUUUUAUACUUUUAUUAAAUAUGUCCACCAGGGUAUUUUAAAGUUAAAGUAUUAUUAAAGAUAUUAAUAAAACAAUUCUUUAUUU